UUACCGAACUUGGCCAGUGUUUUGGGUCAUUUUUUUCGUGAUUUAAACAUUGAAAUUGUGAAAUAAAUGAUUAAUUAGUGACACUUUCAUAUACAUAUAUAUACAAGAAUGGGGCGGAAUUAAUUAAAUAUUUAUUUUAAUAGUGUAGUGGCUGUGUGUGUGUGUAUAUAUAUAUAGUAUGUAGUUUUGCAAUAGUUUAAAUAUUUUGGUAGGUGGCUAUAUAUCUUUUAAUCAGGAUUUUAUUUUCGAGAUUAACAUUCCAAAAGGAGACCGGAUUUAACCAAUAGUGCUGCAUUUGGAGACAGGAGUCGCAGCUAAAAGAUGGGCUCCAAAAGAGAUCAGAUGACUUUGGAGCAAUGUUUCGAGGCUAUUAAACAGAAACAGACUGCCAUCCAGGAUGUUCCAUUUCCAGACAACCAGCAGGGGAUUCAGCAACAACUGGAUGCUCUACAGGAGAUAACAAAGGACCUGAAACCCCUCAAGAGAAAAGUGGACGAGUUCCGCAAAUCUAAGAAACCAGUUAAAGAAGUACCAGCUUUGGAGACAGAAUAUGCCUUACUUGAGGACCAGGCCCUACAGAAGAAGCGAUGUCUGGAGUCGGUGCUAUACGUUAGCGAGGUGGAAAAUGUAUUUCAGAGUGCCCAGACUGAGUUUGAAGAGCGAGCCCUGUACCUUACAGAGAGGCGAGGCGUGUUUGACAGCAUGUAUCGGCGGGAACACAUGGAGCAGUCCUCGCGCAUGCACAGGGACUGUGUGUACACACUACGACGUUCAUGGGGCUGGCUUGGCACAGUGGCUCGAUGUAUGGAAACACAUUUACAGAACGCUGCUGACUACCAUCAGUUUUUCCAUGAAUCCCAGUAUCUUUGUGAAGAUAUGCAGCUGUAUCUUGCCUGGCUGGAUUCCGAAAACAUGAGAGAGAGAGUGGAAACAUUAGAGCCUUCAACCAUUAUCAAACACAUCAGGGAUGUAACUAACCGCCUACUAGACUACCAAUCCCGAGUUGAGCGUCUGUCAGACCGAAGCCAAGACGUGUAUCCCAUACACCUCAGAAAGGAGGUUGAAGAGUUUGGGAUCAAGGGGAGAGCACUUGUUGACUACCAACAAGCAGAGGUUCACCUACGAGAAGGGGAAGAGUGUGUAAUACUUAACAACUUGGACAGUGAGGUGUGGCAGAUCCGGUGUAAGGACGGGACCGAGACGGAUGUCCCUGGGAUUGUCAUGAUUAUACCCCCACCGGAUAAACAGGCAUACAAUGAGGCUCAGAGGGCGAAGGAUCAGUUACAGGUGAACUGGGAAACAACUAUCCGCCGUCUGCGCACCCAGUUGGCACAGUACCUAACAGCAUCAGCUGAGGACACAACCGUUAAAGAACUCUACAGUGUUUCGACCAAUCAGAAGGCAGAACUUAUGCGUCUAAUGAAUGAGGCUGUCCAGGUCCUUAGGCCCAGCCCUAACCAAGAUGACGUAGAUUAUAGGGACCUUGUUGCCCAGGCAACAAGCUUCCGGAAGAUCUUGAGCCAGGUGAAACCAAGCUCCCGCGACAACCAGAAUGGGACAACACUCACCUGGCAGGCUAAUGGGAAGGCUCUGGUUAUUUAUAAGGAGUUCCUGACCUACGCCAAGACGUACAGACAGACCUUAGCCACAACAAGGGAGAAAGCUGGAGUUCUAAUCUCAGAGAAAACUGGGCCUACGUACUGCUCAAAGGCUUACUUUGAAAUGGCCAUACCAGUGGUAGACAUUGACAUCCACACUAAGCAGACGGCCAUCACCAAGGUGAGAUCUGAGCUCUACAUCCAUGAGCGACGCCCAGGCAAGGCGCCCAUCCCCCCACCCAGACGGAGACAGAAACUGAGACGUGUAGCCUCUGCACUCAGCGGGGAUGCUGCGGCCAUCGCUGGUGUCAUCCAAGAAACAGAAUCGUUCAUUAUUACCGAUGUGCUGGACCCCAAAUCAAAAAAGCAGUUGAGUGUCUUCCAAGCAUUAUCAAAUGGCAUACUAGAUCAAAUUAACGGCACAUAUCGCAACCCUGCCACUGGUGAAGUGAUGUCAAUUCCCGAGGCCAUACAGAAGGGCUUCAUUCUUGCAGACUUUAGAGAGAACUUAGCAAAUGGAGAUGUCGAUGCCCACAAUGGUGGGUUUGCACCUAUGAAAAAUAAGAUGAAAACUGUUAAGUACCCAGUUGAAGGAGUUAUUGACCCGAAGACCGGGGAAUGGGUCGGAGUGAAGGAAGCUAUUACUGCUGGAAUUAUUGACCCAAGAACUGGACUUUAUACCAAUCCAUUGACUGGAGAACAAAUGAGCAUUCUUGAAGCAGUGCAGAAUGGUUAUCUGGUGGCUGAUCCGGCAUUGCUUGAUGAAAUAACUGAAGAAAAUGGAAUGUACACAUGUGUGGAUUUUUCCGAUGUUUCGCAUGAAGUUUUGUCAGUGUUGGACCCAAGCACUGGUGAAGAAUUGAGUUUAAAGAGGGCGAUACAAGAUGGUGUCAUAGAUCCAGCAAACUCACUCUACCGUAACCCACAUACUGGUGAAACAAUGAGUGUUGCCGACGCCAUUAAGAAAGGAUUGAUCAAAGUAAGACCAGUUGACUCGAGCACUCCGAGUGAGAACAUUCUUACAUUCAAGCAACUUCAUAUCAAAAAGCAGAGGUUCAUUCCAGGGAUGGGUGAUAUUUUCGAAGGUGAUGAUAUCGAUGGCCUCCAUAGAGAUCCUAAUAAGAAACUUGCUGAUGCUCUUCGAUCAAAACAUGAUGUGUCUGUGCCUUUAGCCAAAACUGCUGGAAAACGGGAAGUGUCUUUAGAAGAGGCUGUUUCACAAGGCCUUAUUGACUUUGUCAAGAAUGAGUUCUGCCCACCUGGUGGAAGCCCUAUGUCAAUCGAAGAAGCUGUAGAAAAAGGGCUGAUAUCUCCCCAAGCUGCCAAACAAAUCUUGGAUGUGUACAGUGAAAAUUCUAUCGGACAGCUAAUCAAAGAUGGGAAAUUUGACCCUGAUACUGGAUUAGUCACUGACCCGAAUACUGGACACACUAUAUCACUUCAGGGUGCCAUUGCUCAAAGAAUCAUAGACCCAAAUUCUGUAUUCUUGUAUGAUAACCAAGCUGGAAAAGUUGUGUCACUUGCUUCAGCAAUUGAAAGUGGCCUCUUUGAUCCCAAAACUGGAAAGUUUGUCGAUCCAAAUACUGGUGAACAGUUGUCAUUGUCAGAAGCUGUAGCAAGAGGUCUUGUGCAAACCGAUAUUAAUCCUGAUAAGAUUGUUGAUAACAGAGCACUGGUUUCAAAACUUGCUGCUAAGACGGACCUCAGUGUUAAAUGUGUCCAGGGACCAAACGGUGAAUUAAUUUCACUUGAAGAUGCGCUUAAAGCUGGAAUAAUUGAUCUAAAGAAUGGGAAAUAUGUGAACCCCGCCACUGGUGAGAUAAUGUCACUAGCUGAUGCUAUUAAAUCUGGUAAGAUUGAUCCCAGGUUGGUUGUGCCUUUACUUGAAGCACUCGAUGAAAUGUCAAUAAAUGAUGCUGCGGAGAAUGGUGUACUUGAUUUGAAAACUGGAAUGGUUAUAGAUCCUCUUACUGGAGACAACAUGUCGGUAACGGAAGCAGUUGCUAAUGGAGUUUUUGAUCCCAAUAGUGUAAUGCUAGUAGAUAACAAGACCGGAAACAUUGUAAGCCUUGGUGCUUUGAUAGAAUCGGGGCAAUUUGAUCCAAGAUCUGGAAGAUAUAUCGAUCCAGAUACUAAAGAGAAGAUCACGCUUGCCGAAGCCAUCAAACGAGGCCAUAUUGACCCAGAAAUCAACCCAGACCAAUUUGCAGACACGUCAGCAACUCUUCGCGACCUCAUUGAUAGUAACAAGGUGAAUCCAAGAACAACAAACUUUGUAACACCAAAUGGUCAAUCCAUGUCUCUCCGAGACGCAUUAGCCAAUGGUUUCCUCACAAUGACCUCUAAGGUCAAGGUCGACCCCUCAACUGGGGAAGUGACUUUAGCCUCGGAGGAGGAAGAGGUUGUACAAAGCCUGCUGGAGAUUAGGGACCAGUCAGACUGGCUUCAGGAGAUUGAAAGGAGGUUAGCCCAGCAGGGUGCGCCAAGUGAACGUAUGGAAAAAUUGGAGAAACAACGGGAAGACUGUCAUGACCUGAAGCAGAGUAUGGAUGAAAAGGCUGACGAGAUUACAGACUCCAUCAAAGAGGCUGCGACACUCGUGGGGGCCAACAAAGUUGACAGCAAGGAUGAAGGGGCACAACAGCUACAAAAACUCAAAUCCAGUACCUCGGACCUCCGCGUUAGGCUUGAUUCGACAUCAGCUGAGACGACAAAGCGAUGCAAGCGCCUGGAUGAUAUGUGUGAUGACCUGGAAGAUUUCUACAGCCAGCUACAGGACCUAGAUCAGUGGCUCGACACCGCCAUCGAACGCUCCGAGGAUCUUAAGACUGCACAUGAUGGUGUUGAUGUUCAGUAUAGUAACUUCAAGGAGUUCAUUGAAGAGCUACAAGGGAAGGAAGAGGAGCUGGCAAAGGUCAUCAAGAUGGCUGACAACUUCAAAGAUCAGGCACAGGAAUUCGAAAAAGAAGCAGAGACUUUCAGAAAGCGCCUUCAGUUUAUGCCUCCAAUACAAGAAGAAGGAGAUAGUCAGGUUAUUGAUGAAGAGAUGGAAUCACUAGAGUCUAAGUUCAAAGAUAUCUCUAGAGAUUGCGCUAAACAUCUUGACAAACUGACAGGGCUUGCCAAGCAUAAGAAGACAUUUGAUGAUGUACUUGAGAAGCUGGGGAAUAUCUAUCCCAAUAUUGAGCAGAAGCUGGGCAAUAUCGAAGAGGAAAACUUUGGUAAAGAUGCGGAGGAAGAUAAACAAAAUUAUGCACAGUUGAAAGACCUGAAAGCUGACUUGAUUGGACAAGAAAGGAAGUUGAAGGAUUUUACAAAUGCUGCUGAUAAGCUUGUGGCUGGUUUGAUGGAAAUGGGUGAAAAAGAGAAGGCUGAUGAAAUUAAGAAGAAGGUUGAAGAGAUAAGAGAGAAACAUGAUGCACUUAGUGAAGAGAUUGCUGAUAAGGAGCAGAAUUUGGACAAGGCAGUCUCUCAACAACAGAGCGUUGUAAAUAGGGUGGAAGGACUGAAAAACUGGGCAACAGAAGCUGAAAACAUGCUUGACGAUCGACCUCUUAUCAGCCUUGACAAAGAUAAACUCAAUCAACAGCUGCAGGAUCAGAGGGUUAUGAAUGCUGAAAUUGAAACCAACAAAGGGUUGGUGGAAAGACUAAGCCAAGAAGCAGCAAACACUUCAUCUGCUCAAGAUGCUACAGAGGCUUUAGCUGAUCUGAGUGAGUUUAUGUCAGACCUGGAGAAGAAGGCUGAAAUGCGGACUUUUGAGCUGGAAGAAGUUAUGUCAAGUAUCAAUGAUAUUGAUGCUUUGAUGGGAAAUGUGGAUGGAUGGGUCACUGAAGCAAUAAAGUCACUGAAGAACAAACCUAAAGGCACCACACAGAAAGCCCUGAAGGCCAAAGUGGACACCCUUUACUCGGAAAAACGUGAGCACGAGUUUGACAUGGAGAAUCUCCGUAACACAUCACGGAAACUGAUGGACGAUGAUAAUGUGUGUGACCAGUUCGUGAUGAAGGAAGGGUUAUCAGAAGUGGAGUCAAAAUGGCAUGAACUGACGGAGCUGCUGGUGCAACAAGUUUCAUUGGAGGCCCUUACCGAGGUUGAUGGCAUGUUGCGUUAUCUGGACAAGGCAGAGAAUGACAUCAACACGGCUGAACCAAUCAGCAUUGAGCCUGAAACAUUGGGUGUGCAAUUGAAAGAAAACUUGUCAUUCAAUGCUGACCUCAAUGACAAACGCAAUGCAGUCAAGGACAUCAUUAACAAGUGUAACAAGAUGUUACGUGAGACGACAAACUCACAGACAGAUGAAAUAAAGAGCAGACUAGAAGACAUCAAGUCACAGGCUGACAUAGUGUGCCAAUUAAGUGCAGACCGCCUCCAGCAGUUGGAAGCUGCCCUCCCAUUGGCUACGUCAUUCAGUGAGAGCCAGGCGGAGGUAUCUGGUUGGCUGGAUGAGAUGGAGGCGGAGCUUAAGACUCAAGGGUCGCCUGGGGAUUCCCUGGAACAGGUCAAGAAACAGCAUGAGAGUUUAAAGACUACACAGCAGAUCAUAGAUGACCGCAAACCUUUCAUAGACGACCUGAACGCCACUGGCCUGGAGUUGAUGGAACUGUGUGGUGACAGUGACGCCAGCGAGAUACAGAACAAGCUCGUUAACGUGAACGACAGGUUCGUCAAGCUGAAGAGCCAAGCUAGGAAUAAACUACGGGAUAUGACAGAUGUACGACAAAAUAUGACGCAAGAGGUCUCGGACGGCCUAGAUUACCUGCUAGAAGACCUAUCAGGCCUGAAUCGCCUUAUCGUUAAUGCUGACCCAAUUUCCGCCAACCCUGACAAACUGAAAGACGAUCUUGAAGAGAAUAGGAUCAUUAUGGAGGAGUUGGAAAGGUCCAAGCCACACAUUCAUAGGGCCAUAGAAGGGGCCAAGAAGGUUGUGGCUCAAGGCAGUGAGGAUGAAAUUGAAGCUGAUGACAUAAAACAGAAGAUCUCCGAGCUUAAUGGCUUAGCCAAUGAUAUCGCAGAUGGGGCCGCUGGGCGAGAGACGGCCCUGCAGGAAGCCCUUGAUGUGGCUGACCGGUUCCAUGACCUUUGUGGAGAGGUCAUGACCUCUUUACGUGACCUCAAGGACAACAUGAUAUCCCAGGAGCCGCCAGGGGUCGACCCACAGACAGUGAAGGAACAACAAAAGGAGCUUAAGGAGCUAAGAAAGGAGCUAGGCAAAAGCCGCCUGUCUUUGGACGAAUGUCGCCAGAAGGGUGAACAGCUGGGUGGACUUGUGGGCGACCCUGGACUCAUAGAGAUACGUAAACAGCUAGAGGACAUACACAACCUGGCUGACGAUGUUCAUGACAUUGCUAAGGAGAGAGAAGAAGAUUUGAGGGUGGCGCUUGGACAUGCUGAUAGAUUCCAGCAACUUCAGGAGGCAAUAGACGAGUGGCUGCCAUCAUCUCAGCACAAGCUUGCCAACAUGAAUGCUGUAUCACCGGACGUGGACACGCUGGGACAACAGAUUGAGGAGCUGAAGUCAUUCAAAGCCUCCAUUCACCCUCAUGUUACUGAGAUUCAGCAACUUAACCAAGAGUUAUCUGCCCUCAAAGACAUGUCACAUGUUGCCGCGGAAACCCUUCAACGUCCUGUUGAUGCUAUCAAUACCAAAUGGGCAGAGAUUAUUCAAGCAAUUUCUGAACGCGAGGUUAUGGGGCACUUAAAACUGGCUAACCUACAGGAAAUGCAGUGCCAGGUCGGGGACAUCGAGCGUGCAAUGGUAGAGGUCACUUCCUCUUUGGAGAAUGCCAUGACGGAACUAAACCUUAUGGACAUCAUCACUGGCGAUACCAAAUGUCUGGAGAAACACCUAAAGAAACUCAAUCUCCUUCAAUCAGAUGUGAAGGGCAAGGAGAGGGCAUCACGAAAACUGAACAAGGCCCUGGAAGAUGUCUUAUCCAAGGGCGAAGGGGACAGUCCUCACAUGAGAGAAGUUCAGGAAGAGAUGAAUGAAAUGUUGAGAAGGGUCCAGGCUGACUCCAGAGACAAGGAGGCAAAACUGCAGGAAAAACUCAGACAGGUGAAGAAGUAUAUUGGAGAUGUUGAUGACAUGAUCCAAUGGCUAAAUGAUCUGAGGACAGAACUCAAGUCCAACACUCCGUUUGGGGCCCUUCCUGACACAGCUAAGGUCCAGUUUGACAAGUUCAGGGAAAGACACCAACAGCUCCAGCACAGAGAAGAACCAGUGAAGACUCUCCUAGAGAAAGGCCAAGAGUUUCUUGAGGUUUGCCCACCAGAAGAUGUGCUCCAGGUGUCAGAUCGGAUGAGGAAACUGAAAGAUCUAUGGAGUGACACGAGAGACAGGGCACAGAAGAGGAAGGACAGGAUGGAUGAACACCUGUUGAACAUAGAUGAGUUCCACGGGAUUCUGAAGAACUUCACAGACUGGCUUAACAAUGCUGAGAUCAAGAUGAGGGGCUUCAAGUACCCCAGCAAACUUGUGCCCAAGAUUCUCAAACAGAUGGAGGACCAUUCAUCUCUGAAAACGGAGCUAGACUCACAGAUUGAGAAGAUGCACAGCCUUGAUCGAACAGGGACCUACCUGAAACAUUUCGGCCGCAAACAGGACACCAUCUAUAUCAAGAAUCUCCUUGUUGGCAUCAAACUCAGGUGGAAGAAACUUCACAGGCGAACGGACGAACGGGGAAGACUGUUCAAGCAUGCUUUUAAGGAAGAUAAGAGGUUCUAUGAUGCCUGGAAGGCACUCUGUGAUUGGCUGGAUGAGAGUGCACCCAAGCUUACAAGAUUUAUGUCCCCUGGAUAUGCUUCGAAACAAGAUGUGGAUGAAUUGAAGGAUGAGGAGGGCAAGGAUGUAGAGCGUUUCCAACACCAACUAGCAGCGAAACAUCCGGCAUUCUAUUCCGCGUCUCGUCUCGGUCGUAACCUCAAGGACCGGUGCACGAAAACGGACCCAGAACGCGAGGAGCUCCAACAGAUGCUCGAUGACCUGAAAAAUAAAUGGAAUUCUGUUCGUUCCGUGGUCUCAAAAAGUCAAAACAAGCUGGACGAAGCGUUGUUGACGUCGGGGCGAGUGGCCGAUGCCCUCAGCUCCAUGCUGGAAUGGUUGAGCAAGGUCCAAGCCAGCCUCGGGGAAGAACAGCCAAUACUGGGUGACCUUGACACUGUCAGCAUGCUUAUAGAACAACACAAGGCCUUACAGCAGGAGUUAUCUGCUAGAGAACAGACAGUUGCUGCCAUGAAGGCUUCUGGAAACUUGCCCCCAGUACAACUUGAGGAGCUGAACACACUGUGGGACUCCGUUAACAUGCUGGCGGAUGUCAGGGAAAGCAAACUUAAAGAAUCUCUACAACUGGCUGAAGAGUUCCAGUCUGUUGUCCAGGUGAUGAGGGAAUUCCUGCCCCAAGCUGAGGCUGAACUUAAGUUUAAGGCCUUGCCUGAGGAUGAGGUGGCCAUUAUACAGCUUAUAGAGAAACAUGAGAAAUUUCAAGCAGAACUACGUGGUCACCAAGACAACGUAGACAAAAUCAAGAUGCUUGCGGAAGAAAUUCUGCUAAACUGCCACCCUAACGCCAUCCGGUUCGUGAAAUACUACCUGACCAUCACACAGACGCGAUGGGACCAAUUAUUACAGAGGGCCAAAUCUAGGGAACAGCGAUUACAAGAAGCUCUCAGAGGGAUUCAGGGCAACGCUGCCUUGGUUGAGGAAUUACUAUCUUGGCUCACAGAAGCACAGGUGCUACUGGUUACCAAAGAAAAGGACCCUAUUCCCGAUGACCUGAGUGUGGUGGAGACCCUGUGUAAGGAGCAUUCAGAGUUUCACGAGGAUAUCAAUUUGAAGAAUGCUGAUGUAGAGAGACUCACAAAAAUACUACAGCAUGAACCCAAGUCCCCCGGAGGGCCACGGGCAUUUGGAAGUCACUCAAGACUCAAUGAAAUUGACACACACAACCCGCGCGUAAUUGCCUUACAAAACAGAUGGCGAAUGGUGUGGAGAAUGUCCGUCGACAGAAAGAAAAAUCUUGACGAUGCGUUGGACACGUUAAUGGAAAUGGAAAGCAUUAAAAACUUUGACUUUGAAUUGUGGAAGGUUAGAUAUUUAAAGUGGAUACAAGCCAAGAAAAUGCGGAUUACAGAUUUCUUCCGUCGCCAGGAUAAGGAUGGGGAUGGAUUCUUGUCACGUGACGAGUUCGUGAAUGGAAUGUUACAAUCAGGGUUCAAAACCAACAAGACAGAGUUAAACGCAGUGUUCGAUAUAUUUGAACGAGAAAACAGGGACUUUAUAGAAUACCAGGAGUUUAUAGAAGCCAUGAAAAAGAAAAGACAUCAAAAAGAGAGAAUUAAGGGCAGUAACAAAAUGAUGUCAGACACAGAGUUAAUACAUGAUGAAAUUGACCGAGAGGUGGCUCUGUGUUCCUGUCGUAGCCCCCUCAGGGUGGAGAUGGUGGAUGAAGGGAAAUAUAGGUUUGGAGAGAAGAGCGCUAUACGGCUUGUACGAUUCUUAAACUCGACUGUGAUGGUGCGAGUGGGUGGGGGUUGGAUCACGUUAGAAGAGUUUCUAGAAAAUAACGACCCUUGUCGAGCAAGAGGAAGAACAAAUUUUGAUCUCAGGAAGACACUUGGCGGGGCGGAAACCCCCACAUCCCCUAACGGAAACUCAACUUUCCGGUCACGCUCCGGGAGCGGGACUUAUGGGUAUAAGUCUCGCCCCAGCGAUCAUGGUUACGCUUCGUCGGUUUCAUCAGCGGGAAGUUCCGGAGAUUCUUCACUGCGGAGGAGUAAACAGAUGACCUCGUCCAUGGUUAACCUCUCUGGCAACUCUAAAUCUAACUUUGUGAACUCGUUGAGAAAACACCCUGACUUUGGUUCCUCUGGUAGUCUUACGCGGUCAAAGCGUCUUAGUAGUUCAUCUUCAAACAUCACGACACCGACGAAACCACGCACCCCGUCUAAUUCGGGAACCCCCACACCCCGAUAUAUGUCUCCACGGCAACCCUUCGGUCGUUCAACCACGCCAACCCCGACUACAGCAUUUGGUCGAUCAACGACCCCAACACCUCCAAGGUCAUCCGGGACACCUCGGGCAUCAUCUACGCCCAAAGCUCCUCGGUCUGGUAGACAGACACCCACUGCCGGGGGUAGAGCUACCCCUACAGCAAGUGGACGAACAACACCCACAAUGUCAAAUGGAUCUAGGAGAUUACCAACAACUCCAAAACCUAAAGUAUAGUGAUAAUAAGCUUGCAAAGUGCAUGGUUUUAUCUACAGUACAGACAGUGUCUUAAUUGGAGGUUGAAGUGGUGGUUCAAGAAUGUGGCAGCCAAACAGCGAUAUUGUAUAACAGCAAGUACAGCUGAUUCUUAUUGGCUGAAACUGUCAUGUUUUGGUCCAUUCAGAAACAAGAUGGGAAUUCAAAAAGUGGCAAAGUUCAAGCCAUCAUACAAGACAAGCUUUAAAGUUAACCAUGGUGCUUGCUUAGUGAAUUUCACAAACUGGAAUGGUAAUGGAUACCGUAAAACUGGUAUUACAUCAUUAAGUGUUCAGUGUUUUCCUGAAUAUAUUUUUAAAAUAAUAUGUUCAGGAAUGUUUUCCUAAACAUUGAUUCAGUUAAAAAAUUUGUAUUCUUUAAUGUUUUUCUAGACCAGGAAUAUUUUCUGAACAUAUUUAAGUUCAGGAAUGUUUUUUGCUUAAACUAAGUUUUGUUCAGAAUGUUUUUCCUAAACUAAGAUUUUGUCAGAAAUUCUUAUUUUUGAUUAUUUACUUUAUCAAAGAGUAUAAAACUAGAAAUAUUUGUAUAAUGAAUUACUUUAAUGGUCUGGGGCUGUAUUCAAUAUAAAUCUUAUCCUUAUCCUUAGACAUGCCUCAGUGAUUCAAUUCAGCCUUUUGGUCAGCUAAAUAAACAGGCCAAUCAAAACACUUAGUUUCUAAUCUUAAACUUAAGUUCAAUCUAAGGUGUGUAUCAAUAUUGAUCUUAAUUGGAUUUAAGAACGAUGUAGCUAAUCGGAUUACUUGUUAUUAAAACUGACCACUAGUGUGAAUGACGUCUAUGAUGUAUGACCGUAAGAUUUACUUAAGUUUUACUUAAGUCGUAUAUUGCAUACCGCUCCAGGUGUCUGACCACAAUAAAAUUUAAUAUUUCAUUGACACAAUAGUGUUAUGGAAUUAUGGAAGAUAAUUGUAUUGUAUUCAUAGAAACUAUGGCCAGUGUAUCUAGAAUCUUAUGUAUGCAGAAGAUCCUUCAUUAGAUGCUUUUCAUUUUUAUUGUGUGUGUUUUCUAAAACAUACAUCAAGUACUUUGGUAAAACAUGUUUACGCCACAUGCAGGAUAUUGUUCAUAUUAUCAUACAAUACUCUGAAGGUGUUGGAGCAAUGCAAGAAAAUGAACAAAAAUUAACUCACUGUCGAACCUUGUUGGCUUGAACUCCCAGGGACUGGCCAGGGACACCCAGAGCCUCGGAAAAUUCAAGCCAAGUGGGAAUGUUUACCUUCAGUACAAUGAAAUCUGUCAUACAGUUCGAGCCAACGGGAAUUUCAAGCCAUUGGCAAGUUCCAGCCAAUGGGGUUUGACUGUAUAUUAAUUUAUGGAAGAAGAUUUUUACUUGUUGUCAUUGUCCAAUAACGUUCACUUUGACCAUAACUCAAAAAGCGUUCAAGAUAUUGAAAUACAAACUUGGUACAUAUGUUUCAAGAGUCAAUAAGCUUAUGAUUAUCAUUAGAAAGGCCCAUAAAAUGUAUAUAUAAGCAUUAAUAACGGUUAAUCAAUUCAGCUCUGUUUAACUGAAGAAAAGGUUUUCAUUCGCUUUAUUGCUUGUUUUUGUCUGAUAACCUUGAUGUUAUGAUUCAAAAUUAUAGAUUUUUUCUGACUUAAACAUUCCAUUGCAUUUUGUCUUUCAUGAAGAUUUCAACAUGAACGAAAACUGCCAUAGAUUAGACUCGACAUUCCAUCAUUGUUUCAACAGGCUCAUAAUGUCUCUACUGGUUGUGUUAAGCUUUAUUUAUUUACAGAUCUUAAUUAUACUGUUGUCCCUUCAGUUUUGUAGCGAGUUUUUGGACUUAGAAAUGUCUCAUGGUUGUGUUUCUUAAGUUUGUGUCUCAUUAUGGGAUUUUGAGAUGGAAGUUAGAAAACAUUGAUUUGGAGUAAAGUUCACUGUAAUUGUACCCAGAAUUAAUCAAACUAUAAAAUAAAAUGUAAUAAUAGUCAUUUUUUCAAAAAAAAUAUGACUUCGGUUAAAACACUGAUUUGACACUUAUUUGAUCUCUUGGUGUCAUUAAAGCUGCAUUCUCACAGAUGGACCAUUUCGAUAACUUUUUAAUAUUUUGUCUUAGAAUGAGACCAUUUUUGCAUUAAUGUCUGAGGACCAGUGAUAUAAUACUGCUGACAAAGGAUCAGAUGGCAGUUCUCAUAUUAAAGUUCGAAAAAUUGAUGUUUUAUGCCGAAAAAACAAACACAUUUACAUAAGGUUUAGCUAAAAAUUUUAACCACAAAACUUUUAUUUUCGAACAUAAAUAUUAAAAACUGAGAUCUGAUGUUUUGUCACCAUAUUGUUAUUGAUAAUUUUGAGGAACAGAUUUGAAAUUGAAAUUACUUGGUCAAUUUUUGCAUGUUUCAACUCCACCAUUUUCAAAUUGACCCAGUGAUCACUAUCUAAACUAUUUGUGUACAAAUUGGAUGUUAUGAAUGUUAAACCUAAGGAAUGGAUAAUCAAAUUAAUUCAUUUUGUUAACAUAUUUUUUUCUGCAGUUUACAUUAAUAUGCCUUAAAAGUGAUAUUAUGCAUUUUUGUAUAUCUUGGCUUUUUCACCUUUUAAAAUCAUUUUAUGCAAACAUAUCAUAUUUUAUUAUAGAUUUCUGCUAUACAUAUUCAUGUUUUGUAUAUAUUUAUUUGUUUUAUGCCAUAUAAACAUAUCACUGAGUUAAUUCCCUUUAAUGGUAAUUAAUUUCAUAGUUUAUUUAAAAAAAUGAUGUAAUAAUACAACUAAAUUUUUUUUCGAUGAGUUUUCAUAAACCAAGAGUUUCUAUUUAAAAGCACAGGAAUUAAGUCUAUGAAUAUUUAUAAAUAUUUGUUCAUAAUGUCAACCAUUUGAAUCCAUGUACGCUGGUAUGUUUUUGUAUAUUUCUUGUUCAACCAUGUUCAUGUAUAUUUAUAUACCGAAAUACACUAGGCUAUAGGGACUUGGAACAUUAAGAUAUGGCCGUUUUGUAUAUCGAAAUGUUAACAAUAAAAUAAAAUGUACAUUAUGCAAA